CUUCUUCACAGGGAAGGUUUCCUGAUGAAGCACGCCGAGAAGCACCUGGCGGAGGCGCCGUGUGUCUGCGGCCUGUGCGGCGAGCGUCUGGAGUCCGGCGGCUCUCUGCGGCUGCACCUGCAGACGCACCGUGACCACAGCCGCACCUGUGACAUCUGCGGCAAGAAGUUCCCGUCCAUCCGCGCUCAGGAGACGCACCGGCGGCUGCACACCGGCGAGAAGCCGUUCCGCUGCGACGUCUGCGGGAAAGGCUUCAGCCAGAAGGGCAACAUGGCGACGCACGCCCGCACGCACGCCGCCGAGAAGCCCUUCAGCUGCGGCGUCUGCAGCAAAGAGUUCAGCCAUGCCGGGUCGCUGGAGCGCCACGGUAAGGCGCACGCCGGGGACGUCGGGGACGCCGGAGACGCCGGGCCACCGCUCCUCAGCUGCCACGUCUGCGGUGAAGCUUUCAACAAGAGCGCCGAGCUGCGGCGGCACGCACGCAGCCACCGGCCGGACGCCAAGCAGCCUCCGGGGCCUGGCAGGCGCAGGACCUCCAGCCGGACGCCGUCCCACCGCUGCAGCGUCUGCGGCAGCGUCUUCCACAACAGAGCCAACUUUCUGCGUCACGCGGAGACGCACCUGACCGACCCCGAGUGGCGCUGCGGUGUCUGUGGCGAGCACGCCGAGUCCUCCGCCUCGCUGCAGCUGCACAUCCAGACCCACAAGGAGACGGGCCGCGUCUGCGACGUCUGCGGCCUAAGCGUCCGGGACAUGGCGGUCCACCUAAAGACACACAGCGACCAGAAGCCCUUCAGCUGCCCCGACUGCGGGAAGGACUUCCCCAGGAAGGGCUCGCUGGAGAGGCACAGGAAGCUGCACGCCGGCGAGCGCCCGUACAUCUGCGAGUUCUGCGGCAAGACGUUCGUGGAGAACACGGUGCUGAAGAGGCACAUCAAGAGCCACACGGGGGGGAAGCCGCGCAUCUACGCCUGCGACAUCUGCGGGAAGAAGUUCACCAUGAGCCAACACCUGGACGUGCACAAGAGGAUCCACACGGGCGAGAAGCCGUACGCCUGCCGCGUCUGCGGGAAGCGCUUCCGGCAGAUCGGGAACCUGGACUCGCACACGCGGAUCCACACGGGCGAGAAGCCGUUUGUCUGCAGCCUCUGUGGGAAGACCUUCCGCCAGAAAAUCUCGCUGGAGACGCACGAGCGCUUCCACAAGAAGGAGAAGGCGUUCGGCUGCCCGCUGUGCAGCAAGGGCUUCGUGCAGAAGAUCGACCUGAAGAGACACCUGCUGACGCACAGCGGCGAGAAGCCGUACACCUGCCGCGUCUGCACCAAGCGCUACCAGGAGAAACGCUCGCUGGACGCGCACAUGAAGGUGCACGCCGCCGCCGAAGCCCCCACGCAGCCGGACGCCGAAGCCGCCGCGCAGGCAGCGACGCUGCUGCCCAGCCUCAAACGUCAGGACGGAGACUUCAUCCAGCUGUGACUUAUUCAGCUGUGACUCAUCCAGCUGUGAAUCAUCAGAUGUGACUCCAUCCAGCUGUGACUCAUCCAGCUGUGAAUCAUCAGAUGUGACUUCAUCCAGCUGUGACUCCAUCCAGCUGUGACUCCAUCCAGCUGUGACUCCAUCCAGCUGUGACUCAUCCAGCUGUGACUCCAUCCAGCUGUGACUCCAUCCAGCUGUGACUCAUCAGCUGUGACUCAUCAGCUGUGACUCAUCAGCUGUGACUCCAUCAAAGACAGACACCCCCCAUUACCAUGACUAAAGUUAGCGCU